ACCAAGGGGACGUCAUGAUUUGGUAAGCGCCAUAAUAAGAUGCACACUUUAUGUCGUCGGUGUGGGUCCAAGGCGUACCGUCUCCAGAAAUCUACCUGUGGGAAGUGUGCUUACUCUGUGAAGCGGAAGAGAGAGUACAACUGGAGUGCAAAGGCUAAAAGAUGCAACACCACUGGUUCAGGUCGCAUGAGGCACCUGAAAAGGGUCUACUGUCGAUUCAGGAAUGGAUUCCAUGAGGAAACCACACUGAAGUCUAAGAGAGCGGCUGUUUCAGCCUGGAGUUUGUUGUAA